GCGGGGAUGGGGAUGCUGCCUGCUGCUGCCCCAUCGAGGAGGAGGAGACCCGGCCUGCGCACGAGAGAGCGACAGAGACGGGGCUUUAACACUUUCCGCUGUGGCAGCAGCAGCAGCAGCAGCAGCAGCACUGUUACUUGUUUUCGACUGCUGUGUGUGUGUGUGAGAGAGAGAGUGUGUGUGAGUGAGAGAUUGAGAGAGAGUGAGGGAGAGAGAGUGCGGCGUGUGUGAGAGUACCUGGUGUUGUCGUCGUCGUAGACCAAGCUCCAGGGGGCUCCGCAUAUUGUCUACAAGGAAACCAUGUCCACCGGAGAAUAAAUAGUGAAUCCUGAAAGAUCACAAGCAUUCUUUAAUUCAGUCUCUAACAAGGAAAUCUUGAAGGACUCGAGGAGUCAGGAGUUGAGGAUCUCGUGCUGAUCAUUCUCUGACGGGUUGUACAGGCAGUUAGAGUCCUCCAGACUGUAUAGUACAUCAAAUAAUAUCACAUAGAAGAACGCCUGCCAUGGCCCAGCAGACAGGUGGGGGUGGGACAGGUUCAGGCGCUUUGGGAAACCAGUUUGGCGAUACUACUUUCACGAAGGUGUUCGUAGGCGGGCUAGCAUGGGAGACGCAAAGAGAUACCAUGCGUCGUCAUUUCGAACAGUUUGGUGACAUAUUGGAAGCUGUGGUUAUCACGGAUAAAAACACUGGCAGAUCCAAGGGCUAUGGCUUUGUUACCUUCAGGGAUUCAGAAUCAGCAAAGAAAGCUUGUGAAGACGCUACCCCAAUUAUAGAUGGUAGAAGAGCCAAUUGCAAUUUGGCCUCUUUGGGCGCUCACCGCCAUCGUCCUCAUGGGCAGCAUGGCAAUCGAUUUCGACCGGUUCCUGCAGGCCCUCAGCAGGGAGGGCCCGGUUUCACUGGUGCUGGAUCAUUUCCCCAACCUGGUUCGCCUUACGGUCAUCCAUCGCCAGGAACAUUUUAUCCUCCUUUCGGCGGGUGCUCUCGCAUUGAUAUAUGUUGUAACACAAGGGCAGUCUCGGAAGCUCUUCAUGAUACCUUUCAUUCUGCACAAAUGGAGAACAACGGUGCACUCCGCUCAUAGCCGCAAGGCAAAGGCUGGACCUAAUAGAGAUCUCUGUGUGUUUGUCUGUUACAUCAGGUAUCCGCAAUACCCUCAAGACUACGCUAGCUAUCCUCCGAAUUUGUUUCAGUAUGGCGCUCCACAGUACCCACAGAUGUAUGGAGCACCUGGUGCUAUUAGUCCUGGAUCAGGUCCCGUGUAUCCUUAUGGAUCCUUCACGACUCAACCGCUACAAGGAGGCCCUAUUUAUCCCGGCACGCAGUAUGGUUUUCAAGCACCACAGGUGUAUGGUCCUGCUGGUGCCGGUUUGUCACCUUUGACCUCAGCUUAUGGCGGCUCAGGCACCCUUCCCACAUCGACACCUACAGGAGGUGUAUCUCCUAGUCUAUCUGCUGGACAAGUAGCUGGGCAGGUCUCUCCACAACAGUAUGCAUUGCCAACAGGCUCGCAGCAACAAUACUCUAGUGGAGGCGGCUCGGAGCAACAGUCCGGUUAGCUCAUGUUCGCAAGAACCUUUGUUGACAGGAACAGGGAGAGAAUAGGCGAAGGAAUCGGUCAGGGAGCAAAUCAGAUAUACACGCUAGUCGUGGCCUGACCUGUGAAUGCUCCAAAUUUGUGGUAAUGUCGGGUCUACUAAAUCCUGAACUCCUGCAUAAACUAGUUGCCCUGCCUCGGGAAAAUCUAAGUCCUAAUCCUACUCUUCAAUCCUCGCUCCCUUCCACAUGUCUUGUUCAUUUUCCUCCCCACACUCUAUUGACUUGUACUGCUAUUCUAACAACUAACUUUUCACUCUUAAACUAUGCACUGAGGUCUAUAAUUAAGCCCUUCCCUCAGUGUAGAUCAAUCAUCCUCCACUGGUUUCUUCACCCUCAGGGCGGUUCGAUCCUCCUUUCGUUCUCUCAACAGAGUUCGGUUGUAUUCUCAAGGAUUGGCAUGACUGUGGUUGGUGUGAGAUUCAAGCAACAGCUGGAAGUUUUUCCCUUCUGCACCGAUGAGGUAGGAGCAGACAUAAACAGGAUAAACUAGCAGCCGCAGAAUGCAACGAACCUUCGGGAUUGUCCGCACUCCUGGUUUUGUGAUUUUAUUGCAUCGCUAAACGCAUUCGAUGCAUCGUUAAUGCAUUACACUGCCAUCAUCCUCUUUCCGACA